GUCGCAAAAAGAUUUUGCAGUUAAAAAAUUUGGCAAAUUAACCAGCACAUAUACAAGAUUAAAACAAGAAAAUGAUACUUUACGUGAAGAAAUAAAGAAACAACUUGAAGAUAUUAAUAAAAAAUUAAAUAUUGAUACUUUAGCAACAAAUUUAGCAGAUAAAUUAAAACCUUUAAUUGGAGAUAUUAAUUAUGAAACAGUAAAAGAAAAAUAUAAAAAAGCAUUAGAAGAAACACAAGAUUUUUUAGAAUCAAUUCCUCAAAAUAUCGAUAAUUUAUUAAAAAAUUAA